AGUAGCAAGUAACGAGCAGCAGUAAAUGUGGAAAUCGAGCUAGACAGGGAGGGGUACAUAGACUUACUGGGCCGGGGCUCGCUGUCUCUUUUUAAAGUCUUUUUGCUUCAUUUUUUUUCAUUUUUGAAAAUUAAAUAUACAACCGAGUUUGCUUAUGUAAUGCUACGGUUAUAAAUGCUACGUUGUGGUUAAAGCCCGGCCGUUGCUCCUUUUUCCUCGGGACUACUGUACAGCAUUGUGAAAACAGCAAAGAAGAAAGAAGGCGAAACAACAUGGGGCGAUAAAUUAUAUAAAAGGGAGAAGAAGAACGCUUGUGAACCGACGAUGACUCCUUGGGAGGAUCCGUGAAGCAUAUUUAUUAUUAUUUUUAUUUAUUUAUUCCGCCAACCCCCCGCUUCCUUUUGUCUUUUUUUUUUCUUGCUUUUUUUCCGCCUCUCGUGCUACUUUACGGAAAUAAUUUUUAAGGAAGCGGGACACCUUUAUAGAGAGCGGGGCACAAGCAUGAUGGACCAAGCCGGCAUCCUGAGAAAGUUUAUCCAGGGCGUGAAAGCCAUGACCGAGAGGGACGACGACAGGGGAGAGGACAACUUCGGCAGCGACUUUAUGCGUCUACGGCGGCUAUCCACAAAGUACCGCACGGAGAAGAUCUACCCCACCGACAUUGGCGAGCGAGAGGAAAACGUCAAGAAGAACCGAUACAAGGACAUACUGCCGUUCGAUCACACUCGAGUGAAGCUGACGUUAAAAACAACCAAUCAGGAUACAGAUUACAUCAAUGCCAAUUUCAUCAAGGGCAUGGAUGGCCCAGAGGCCUACAUCGCAACUCAGGGCGCUCUACCCAACACUGUGGUGGAUUUUUGGAGGAUGAACUGGGAGUACAAUGUCGCUGUUAUUGUGAUGGCCUGUCGAGAGUUCGAGAUGGGAAGGAAAAAAUGCGAGCGGUAUUUCCCGCUGUUCGGGGAGCCCGUGAGUUUUGGUCCUUUCAGAAUCUCCUGUGAAUCGGAGCAGGCCAGGACGGACUACUCCAUCCGCACUCUGGUCGUGGAGUAUGAGAAUGAAACCCGGAGGAUAACGCAGUUCCAUUACAUAAACUGGCCCGAUCACGACGUCCCUUCGUCAUUUGAUUCCAUCCUGGAUAUGAUAGGGCUAAUGAGAGAAUACCAAGAAAACGACGACGUCCCCAUAUGUGUGCACUGCAGUGCUGGCUGUGGGAGGACAGGAGCCAUCUGUGCCAUUGACUACACAUGGAACCUCCUCAAAGCUGGGAAAAUUCCAGAAAAUUUCAACGUUUUCCAGUUGAUCCAAGAAAUGAGGACGCAGCGACACUCAGCUGUUCAGACUAAGGAGCAGUACGAGUUAGUCCACAGAGCAAUAGCACAGCUCUUCCAGAAGCAACUGCAGCUCCUGGAGAGCCCCACAAAUGUGCAGAUACACGAUGUCACGAACGAAAGCAGUCCAGACAAAGUAAGCCACCAGUCAGAUGACGAGCGAUGGGACUCACCUCCUCCUAAGCCACCUCGUAUACGCAGUACCCAGGUGGAAGGGGACGUCAAAGAGGAGAUACUGCAGCCCCCCGAGCCUCAUCCUGUGCCCCCGAUACUGACCCCGUCGCCCCCGUCAGCUUUCCCCACCGUCACCAACGUUCGUCAGGACAACGACCGCUACCAUCCCAAGCCCGUUAUACACGUCCUGGCCACCGCACAGCAGAACGUCACUCAGAACGAAGGCGCGGCCAAGGAGAAGAACCUGGCAGAAGCAGGUCCCAAAACACAGACCGGUACAUCAGAACCCAAAGACCAAAAUCUGCUCUGUCAAAAACAGCAGAUGUCCAAUCUCGAUCUCAAUGAAAACUACAACAACAAACUAUCUGCAGCAACAGCAAAGUCUGAAUCGGGCCCAAGCUUGACUCCUUCCUUGCCCGUAUCCCCCGCAGCCGAAUGCUGCGGCGCGCCACGCAUCGAGAGGAAGCUUAGCAUCGAGAUUAAAAAGGUGCCUUUGCAGGGAGGACCUCGUAGCUUCGACACGUCCUCCUCCACGGGAGCGGCGAGCGGAGCGGGCGGCGGCUCGGCCAACAGCGCGGGCACGCUGCAGAGAUGUCACGCCUUCAAGGCCCCCUCCGGACAGUCCGUCCUCACGUCCAGCUCCUCGCUGUCCGAGGACUCCGGCACGGAGGGCGGGGCGGGCGGGUGCGGGGAGAGCCAAGGGGACGGCGGCGUCCUCGCCAGACCCAACCACCUCCCCGUGAAGAGCGACGGCGGGGAGAGAGCGGAGCUGAAGGCCAGCCACGUUGCGUGGACUCAACCCUGCGGCAGCCCCGAGAAACCUUUCCCGAAGACCUCCUCGUCUUCAUCCUCCUCCGAUCGCAUUGCCCCGUCUUCCUCCUCUUCCUCCCACCUCUCCUCUACCUCCUCCUCCUCCUCCACUCCAGUCAGGACUGCGCUGAGCUUCACCAACCCGCUGCAUUCCGACAACUCGGACGAAGAUGGCGACGGCGAGAUGUCGGCGGGCAGGGAAGGUUAUCGCACCAGUGUUUCCACGGCGACGGUCACAUCCCUUCACUUUGGAGAUCAUCAGCCGGUGCGGAAAGUGUCACCCGUGUCCAUCGCGGGGCAGAGCUCUUCGUCGCCCGCUGCAGUCACAGCAAACAGCUGGGACAGUGACGACUCCCCUCCCCCCCUCCCAGAGAGGACCCCCGAGUCCUUCAUACUGGCCACAGACCCUCUGGAGGUCAGGACACCAGCCUCGGCCGAGCGGAGCGGUUCGCACAAAGAUCUGUCCGAGUGUGUCAAGAAGACCUCUCCAGCUGAUCGUCAAUGUUCUGGCACCACGGCAACCAACAGCAAGGCAGACCUGGGUGGGGUUCGAUAACCAUUGCAUUCCGCCCAAAGGCCUUCGACGACGCCCCCUGGAGUGGACAUGACGGACCGCUCCGCCCACAGCAAUGUAAUCCCUUUGGAGACGGACUAAGAUCUCACCCGGGCGGUCCGAAGCCGAGCUUAUGAGACGCCACGCCACCGGCUGUGCGUUUUUACAAGCCGGAGCCCCUCUCCUUCCUCCUCAUCCUCCUCUUCAGUUUCCCCCUCCAUCGCAGGAAGACGGAGGCACGUCCGUUCAGAACAAAGAACAGGAUUGUCCUCGACAGCUCGCUGAUGAUGUCGGACGUUUCAAGAUGUUGACGUGGGAUCCGUCUGCUCAUUCCCUGGUUAGUUUGAAGCCUGAUAUCCCUGACGUGAGAGCAAAUAAGAACCGCGGUCUUCUCUUUGAGCUGGAGACACUUCCUCUUUGACCAAACGGAAGCCCUUCUAUUAGAGGUUCACCUUUCAGCGGUCCUUCUAUAGAAUGAGCAACAAUCUUCAAAGCGAAGUGAGAUAAUCUUAGUUACCCAUGAUGCAACCUCCUGGGGAGUCCCCCCCCUCCUUCCCCUUCACUCUUCCCUCUCUUUCCGCGUGCCGGUGCUACAUUACCGAGGACGAGCGUAGGAACAGAAAGACAGGAGCGGACCUGUGGGAACACGUUAACUGCAGUACCUUAUAGUUCUACGAUAACCUGUUUUUAACCAGAGUCCCAGAGACCCAGGUUUGGUCCUAAUAGGUGGUUACCUGCAUAGGAGCAGGGGGGAAAAAAAUCGCCGCGUUCCCACCACGCGAUACGGUUCAACAGCCUGUAGUGCGUCUAGCGCCACCCUUCGGGUACCGUACCACAAAGGAAGUUUGCCGAACUGUACGGCUUGCUGGAAAAGACGCUUUAUUGGUAACCAAGGCUACUUGAGAGAUAUUAGGAGUGCCUAUUUCAAAGGACAAAGUGAAACUGCAGUACUGUGUCAGCCGAUUGAACCCACAAAGCAAUGUGACCGCACGACGGAUCAAAUCAACCUUUUGUCUAAAGCUUAAUCACCUUCGUCCGUUAGGUAACGCCGUCAAUAAGGACCAAACAACUGAGCUUAAAGACUCAGGUUGUCAGUGCUGGGACCAUGAGCUGGCCUUAAGUCUGUCUCGCAGAGAAGACAGUCAACCGCAGUCCUCCUCAGCUUUUCUUGAACGUCCUUUUGUAAUCACGCUUUGCUAACUGCUUGCUUCAUUUUCUGCCGCUGUCCUUGGUUUUCUGUUCUUCCUCUUCCUUCCCCUCCUGGGGGAGGCCAUCAGGUGAACGACCUUGCAAGUCCACUUUUGCGGCCGCGACCUCUUGUCAAAAACAACAACCUGUGUUACGUUGCACAUGCGAUACUCUCGUGGGAGUUGACUGACACCGGAGCAUCCAAAGGAUCUCUAAUUUGACCCACAAGGACUAAACGUUGUUUUCUCUCGACUUCUAUUACAGUAUAUGCGUUGUUUUAUAUAUUUUUUGUUUUUGUUUAAAAAGAUCCAAAAAACUGUACAGGUCAGUCGAGCUCUAUUUUAUUCCAGAUUUCGUUCCAUUUUAACAGAAGAUGUAACAAAGUCUGUGCGACCCUUCACAAAAGUGUUAAUUAUGUUUUGCUGGCCAUUUGUUUUGUUAUGUUUUUGCCUUUGGAAGAUAAUUCAGGGUUGUAUUUUUUAAUGACGUGCUUAAAAAAAAAGAUUAUUUUAAUUGGUUGACAGAAGAAAAGAGACCCGUCGGGCCGUUUUCAUACAGCAGCCGCAAAUGGGCUCUGAAUAAGAUUGUAAUAAUAUUGUUCAUGACGAUAAUAAUAUUGAUGGUUGUUUUUUGUAAAUGGUUUUAAAUGUUAUUUUUGUAUGCGCAAUUGUUUGUUGCUUCAUCCUAUCACGACGUCAUUUUUGCGUUCACAUGCACACCUCCCAUCUUCUGGUGUCACUCAGCCCGGUCCAUGCAGUGCAUAUCUAUUUUUGUCUUUCUUACCUCGUGUCCACAGCAAUUGCGUUUUAUUUAUCGUUCCUCGGUCUUCAGGUUUAGCCAGCAAACAGUAUGCACACCGUCCUCGAUCUCAGAACGAGCCCACCUGUGCCUUUAAGAAACAGCCUUGCCCCCCCCCCCAGUCACCACCCACCUAUAGCGGCAUUGAUAAUUGCUGCUAACGCUUUUUGUUUGUUGACACCUGCGUAACUCACCUUGUUGUCCCCCCUAAAAACAAACACACACAAAAUGUAUGUUGCAGAAAUCAAUCAGUAAAAUGAACAUUAUAUAAAGACGUGCCUCCCUUUUUGUUGGAAUGUGUUACAUCCUGACAUAUCUGUGCAGUUCAUGUUCACUUUGGGCUGCGCUAUCACAUUUCUGUUGAAAUAUUAACACAUUAAUUAGGGCCCGACCGAAUAAUCGGCUGACUGAUUCAUUUUGGAUGAUUUUUAUCUGUUGUAAACAAAUACAAGGGCAAAGUAUUAUAAAACAGUCAAAUGGUCUGCCUGGAAGUCAUUAUUGUUGUAAGCGGAUUGAGAAGCAACGUUAUUCAUUAUAUAUAUAUAUUUUAAUACGUUGAAAUUGGCUAUCUGUUAAAUUUCAUUCUGCCAAAUUUCUGAUUUGGCAUCAGCCCAAAAAAAAAUCCAUAUUGGUCGGGCCCUAAUAUUAAUAGAAUAACCCUCUCUUGACUUCUUUACAGAAAUAGAAAUUUUAAAUGGCAUACAGUGGCAAAACUCCAGGGAAGCACUUUUAAGUGGAGUUGGAUGCCUUCCAUUUGUUUAGCUCAUGUAAAAUGAUAAUGUCACGACUUGCUGGAAAUGUGCGCGUCAGGAUGUCUCCACCACCUGUGCGCGCGCGCGCGCACACACACACACACACGCUAAUAGCAAGCAUUAAUUAAUCACCGUACGUAGGUUGUAAGCGCGCAUGCUGUCUUUCGCUACACUUGACAAUGUCAUAUUUGUUGACAAGGCGCAGCAAACGAGCACGCAAACACAGUGAAACGCUGCUGCUGCGUGCAUGAAUACGACUCAUCCUAACAACGCAACCGUGUGUGAUCAUGUUAGCGUAGUUACAACUUUGUGUACAAACGGAACCAGUGGAUUAAACGUUUUUGGGCCUUUUUUGAAAUGCGUGGCUGGCUGGAUUAGCCGUACGGUGCAUCACACUACAGAGUACCACAAGGUGAAUGCAAUGGCUGUGCGUAGUGUAAAUGAAACAAGGUUGUUCUCUGAUAACUGAUAACCACGGAGCUGUUUACAUCUUGUGGAAAUGUUUACAUGUGUUUUAUUGCAAACAGUUUGACUUCAGCGCAACUGCAGUUUGUGGCUCUAUUUACACUAUAAUGCUCACUUUCUUGUUCUGCCGCUAAUCGUCUCGUUUUCCCGAUUUGGCUGUCUCGUACUGAUAUCGUAGCCAGU